AUGGACCUCUUCUGCAUGGAGUCUUUAGCGGAGGUGAAAGCCGGUGCUGACCCGACCUUCCUCAACGAUGACCGGGUCUUGACUAGCCUGCUGACCAUAGAGGACAGUUUCCUACCGCGCUGCUGUGACUUCCAACAGAUUCAGCAGGAUAUUAAACCGCACAUGAGGCGAAUCGUCGCGGGCUGGAUGCUCGAGGUGUGUGAAGCUGAAAACAGUGAAGAGCAAAUCUUCCCUUUGGCGGUCAAUUAUUUGGACAGAUUCCUUUCCCUGAUGCCCACCCAGAAGAACCAUCUGCAGCUUCUGGGGGCCGUCUGCAUGUUCCUGGCAUCGAAAGUGAAGGACAGCAGGCCGCUGUCGGCCGAGACGCUGUGCAUGUACACGGACAACAGCAUUUCGCCGACGGAGUUGCUGAACUGGGAAUUGGUAGUUUUGGGCAAAUUGAAGUGGAACUUGGGCGCCGUCACCCCCAACGACUUCGUGGAGCUCUUUGUGCGCCGGCUGCCGCUCCCUGAAGACAAGGUGCCGAUGGUCCGCAAGCACACGCAGAUCUUCAUCGACCUGUGCGUCACAGAUGACCGUCUUGCCAUGAACCCUCCCUCCAUGAUAGCCAGCGGCAGUAUGGGGGCCGCCAUCUGCGGCCUGCAGCUCGAAAAUGAAGACCGGAGGCUGACCAGAGAUGAGCUGACACAAAUGCUUGCCGCCAUGACCAACGCAGAAGUGGAAUGUUUGCGCGAGUGCCAGGAGCAGAUCGAGCGCAUCUUGGCCGCCAGCCUCAAGCAGUGCUCACGAGCGUCCGACGACGACGCCGGCAGCAAGACGCGAGAGCAACAACAGGAUCAGUCCAACACCCCCACGGAUGUGCGGGAUGUUAACUUGUGA